AUGAAGAGACUCAUCGGCAGCCUCCCGCGAACGCGUUCGAGACCCCCGUUUCGCAGCUUCAGCACCUCAAGACAAUGCCUCGCAGACCACGUCAGAAUAGUCGAAGUCGGCCCCCGAGACGGCUUGCAGAAUGAGAAGAGCACAAUAUCCCUGGAUACAAAGCUCGAGCUUAUCAGGCGGCUGGCGCAGACUGGCGUCACGCAUAUGGAGGCGGGCUCUUUUGUGCCCGCAAAAUGGGUGCCACAGAUGGCAUCAACGGCAGAAAUACUCGAGUCAAUACUGACUCAACCGCCACCUGCACCCCACGGCAUUGCGUACAAUUACCUCGUGCCUAACAUUCGCGGACUUGAGAAUUUACUCAAGACCUUCCAAGCCAAAGGAGCCCAGAACCCAUCGGGCUAUCCUACGCCACCGCCUUCCCCGGAGCCUGAACAAUCCCAAGGCCAAAGUUCUUCAGCACAGUCAGAGAACUCGACGGAGAUUUCGCUAUUUGCAGCAGCAACAGAGACAUUCUCGCAGAAGAACACAAAUUGUAGUAUCGCAGAGAGUCUGGAACGAUCUAAACCAAUAAUGGAGCUUGCAAAACAGCAUAACAUCAGGGUGCGCGGCUAUGUGUCCGUGGCAUUGGGGUGCCCUUAUGAAGGACCGGAUGUCAACCCUCACAAGGUGGCGGAAAUCACUGCGACACUGUUGGAGAUGGGCUGCGACGAAGUCUCUGUUGCCGACACAACUGGGAUGGGAACAGCGCCUCGAACGCGGAAACUCCUUCAGACAUUGAAGGAAGCCGGGAUUUUGGAUGAAGACCUUGCUCUCCAUUUUCACGAUACGUAUGGUAUGGCGUUGGUGAACACUGUCGUUGGUUUGGAACAUGGUGUCAGGAUAUUUGACAGCUCUGUUGGAGGACUAGGUGGGUGCCCCUACAGCAAGGGUGCCACAGGGAAUGUUGCCACUGAGGAUCUGCUGCACCUGGUGCACAGCCUGGGCUGUGAGACUGGUGUUGAUAUGGUCAAGAUGGCGGAGAUUGGGCAAUGGAUCACUGCCCAGCUCGGCAGGGCCAAUGAUUCAAGGGCCGGCAAAGCCACCCUUGCGAGGCUGAAGGACUCGUAG